AACGCGACUUCCCGUCACCGAUCCACGAACGAAACGACACGCUCUCCUCCCCAACUUCGCACCACCCCCCACUCCCGCGCUCAUCCCGUCGCCUCCUCUCCCGGGUCACCGUCAACGUUAUAGAUCUACUAGAGAUAGAUCUGUCAACCUACACUUGUCGCAGCAACAUCAACACCAUAGCGACGAUCCAACAGCGCCUAUGAGUCUCGAGGCAAAACUAGUCGUCCUUGGAACCCAAGGUGUGGGAAAGACUUCGCUUGUAGUCAGAUAUGUCAAGAAUACAUUCGACCCGGCGUCGGCGUCGACAAUAGGUGCCAGUUUUCUGGCAAAGAAAGUGGUUGUGGACGAUUGUCUUGUCAGGUUGCAGAUUUGGGAUACGGCUGGACAGGAGCGAUACCGUAGCAUAUCGAAGCUCUACUAUAGGUCCGCCAAUUGUGGAAUUCUCUGCUACGACAUCACUUCAGAAGCCUCAUUCCUCGCCAUGCACUCAUGGCUUCUCGAACUCAAGAAAAACAUCAACAAUAAUAUCAUAAUCCAUAUUGUCGGCACCAAGGCGGACCUAGUCAACGCGGACCCAUCGAAGCGCGAGAUUCCAUUCGAGAGAUGCGUUGCGUAUGCCGCUGAGCACCUGGGCGACAAUGAAGGCCUCGGCUGGAUGGAUACGUGUCAUGAAAUCUCGGCCAGGGAUGACACGGGAGUCGACGAGGUUUUCCACGUCAUCGCUAGGAAACUAGUUGAGAGGCGUCAGGAGAUCGAGAAUGAGAGGCUGUAUGGUCCGGCUGGCGGCAACGCCAGCAACGGCGGCGGCGGCAGUGGUGGUGGCAGGGGCGGAGCCCGCGAGGGCAACGUCGAUGCGGCGCAGGAAACUGAGAGGAAGAAGGGCAUGUGCUGUUGAUGCGCAUGACCGAACCAACGAACGACAGCGCUGUUGAUGCGAACAAACGGCUUGUUACGAUUUCAUGAGGUAUCACUGAUAGUUCUGGGGUAAAAUA